ACAGCUGUUGGUUCAAAAUUCCUCUGCAGAUUUUGCCGGCGUUUUGUUUCUUUUGGGAAAUUGAAUACCGGCUGCCAAGAUGAUGCAUCUGGAGCGGUAUGUGACGAAGAUCAAGCCUGCGGUGGAGGGAUUCAUCAAGGAGCCCAGCAAGGACACGCUGGCCCAGGUGGAGCGCGAAAUCGAGGGAUUCAACUUUGGAGAAAUGCGCAUUUACCAGGUGCAAACGGUGGUGCCACUGGUGCUCAAACUGGACGAACUGACGGGGGAAAACCAGGAGCUGCGCACCAGUUUGAUGAACUGCCUCAGCAGCAUUGUAUCCCAAACUUACCUGGCGGACGAAAAGGGUUUGCGCUCCAUCCUGGUGGUGGUGCUGCAACAGGUACGCGACUCCAAGGCAGCCAUCAUGCGACCCAAUCUCUCCGAGGAAAUCAAACUGGCUGCCAUCAAGUGCAUAUUCGAGGCACUGCGUCGCUCGACCAGCGAUGUGCUGGAGUCUUUCUACGUCAAGGAGACGGCGAUGGUCGUUGGCCAGAUACUGCUGAUGCUCCUGGAGAUCAUCGAGCAGGAAAGGUAUCGCAAACUCGUCCAGACAGCCCUUCAGUGCUUGAUGCUGGUUUUCUACGUCCAUGACGAUUCCGACCACGCGGAUGUGGUGCUGCGCAGUCAGGUGGCCAACACCAUAUUCAUUUUCCUUCCCAAGGUCCUCAUUGUGCUGUUCAAAACAUCCAUGAAAGACGACAAGGUGGGCGAGGCCAUCAAAUCGAUGGCCAUUCAAGCACUGGGUCGCAUAAUCAACAUCAUGUUCGAGGAAACCACAGAGGAGUUUAUGAAAAUGCGCUACGAUGUGGAGGCAUUUCGAAAACUCUUCAAGACCUCCACAGAUAAUAUGGCCGAGAAUAGCGACUACACAUUUUUCGGCAGCAAAAAGACUUCUACCGAACAAAAUGAGGAGCGACUGCAUCAAAUGCAGGCGGAGCUUCGUUCGGUUCAGUGGGUGGCGGCCACAUCUCGACGUCUGCGGCCAAUUUUUGUGGAGACCAGUAUUCUGAGGGCAAACAGCGCGCUGAGGAUUAGGGAAAGCUACUGCGACAUGUGCUGUCUGCUGCUCAAGCAUUGUGCCCACAAUCUGAGGGGCAACUUCCUGCACGUGCUGGAGAGCGUUUUGGCCAUGUCGGAGGACGAGAACGAGAAGAUAGCCGUGGAGUGCAGGGAAACCCUGAUUCUGUUGCAGCAACAGCCCACCAGCCGUGGCAUUUUCGACGAGAAUGCCGAAAUGCUGUUGGAUGCGCAUCUCAACAAAUGGCCACGCAUCCUGCAUCGCGGCGAGGACAACGAACAGUUCGCAGAGCUGCUCUUCUUCAAGGGAUUCCUGCGCAACGUCAAUGCCGAUAAGUUGCAGCUGCUGCUGCUGGUUCCCAAAAACCUGGAGAUGUUCGUGAGCUGUCUGCUAACAGCUCUUGAUCAACGGCCAACCAGGGAUCUCCUAAAUGAGGAGUACUCCCUCCGUCGAAUUCGCGAAGGCAAUUCCAAGGGCCUGGCCGCCGAACUAGCCAAGCUGCCUUGGCGCCAGUUCAAGUAUCUCGCCUCCAAGCGCACCGUCGACAUUCUAUACGAUAUUGGAGCCAUGUUGGGUGCCCAACCUUCCCUGAAUCGCCUUAUCUUCGAUUACUGUCAAGAGCUUAUUCAGCAGAGGUCGUCUUCGAUGAACGAGUGCGUGCUACUCCUCACUUUGAUGAUCACGCCGCAGGAGAAGAAGGCUCGCGAAAGUCGUUUGGUGCUGGCUAAUCUUUUCUUGGACCAAAUCCUUCGGGAUGAGCAUUGGAACCUGGCCCUGCAGCCGGACUCAGCGUGGCGUCUCAAGGUCAACAAGCCAACCCAUUGGUUUGAGGAACGCACCCCUGGCCUCUAUUCAUCGGCCGUGGAGGUGCGCACCCAGGACUGCGAUUCCGACGACGAACAGGCAGAGGUGGUCGCCAGUCGGGUAACCAUUGCAGACGCCCAGUUCAAUGUGCUGCACACCUGCUUGAUUUUGGAUGCAGUGGGAAACUGUGCCAGGUUCAUUGGCGAUACCUUCGACAGGCAUAUAUUUUUGAGUCUGCACAAAGUGCUGCUCAAGGUGGCCAGCAGUAACACCAUCGUUCAUCAGGCGGCCAGUUUCGCCUUCGUUUCCAUGCAGCUAGCACUCAGAUAUGCCGAGCCCUCUCAUUUUAUAGAGUGCUCCACGGACUACAUCACUUUCCACCUGAACGCCUUGCUGAAACGCUCGCCGGACAGCACAGCCGCCGUGGACAUUCUCACCGUUGUGCUGCAGUACAGCACUCGGGGCAAUGUGCCGCACCUGGACAGCUUAUUCCAAACCAUACGCGAGGAGUGCUCCAAAUCGCAUCAGUCGACCAAUGUGCACUCUUAUCUGCGCGUCUUCAAGGCAUUCCUAAGUCACGUUUCCGACUGGCAAGUUGAUGCAGCUGCGGAGAUCAACGCAGAGCUGCCGAUGCAAGUGGAUGAGGAGCAGAGUGUCCUGAGCACGUGGAUGAGUGUGCUGAAGAAGCCGCAGUUGCUCGAGGAUCUAAAUGGCGAUGCAGACAUGGCCGAGGAGCCAGCUAAGGAUAAAGAUCCAGAGGAUGCGGAGGACACAGAACCAGAGCCCACAAAACCUGUUUUACCGCGCCACGUGGAAAUGGUUAAGGACAUACUGGGUCAAGUAGUCAAGUUCAUUUCCACCGCCAAUCAGGCACAGCAGAUCGCAGCUCUCGAAUGCUUCUCCAGUGGUUUGCCAUUGCUGGCGGACUAUGAGAACGAGCUGUUGCCACUGGUGCAUCUGGUGUGGCAGCCACUUGUCGAAAAGUUCCGUCAGAAGGACGCUCUGGUGCUAAACCGUUGCUUCACCUUGCUGCACUUGCUGGGCGUUCAUGCCAAGGACUUUAUACUGAAACGAAGUCUCACCGAUGUGAUACCUCAGCUGAAGCAGUUCCUCAAGGCAGCCAGCCUGCACAGCAGCGUGGAAACGCCACUAGCCCAGACUCAGGAGUACAAACUGCAGCUGAAGCUGCUCAAGAGUCUGGCGGACUUUGUACUUGGCCUGCAGAUUGAGGGAAAACAUCUGCACGAUCUGAUGACCACAAUGGUGCUUUACUUAUCGCAGACGCAGCCGCAGGAGCUGCAAAUUCCGGCCAGGGAGUUUUUCCUGCAACUGGCUUCUUACAAUGGACCAUUUGUAUACGUGACGCUUUUGCAGCGAGCCCAUCUCAAGGAUUACCAGGCUAAUGUUAGCCACAUCUUCGGGGUCAUGGGCUUCAGCAUAGCAAGUGGACUCGACCUCGAUUAAUAAAGAACAGACAGUUUUUAUUAUUUCUCAA